AUGUCCACCCUGAUAAGUUCAUUUAUAAAAGCAGACGACCUUAUAAUGGGAGAUCCGUUGCAACAGAAUGGAGACCUGCAACAGAAGAUACAGCAGGAUUUACAACAGAAUAUACAGCAGAAUAUCCAAGAGCCAGAUACUAAAGUAAAGGCACCAAGGAAACCCCGGGCGAAAAAAAAGAGUUCUCCAGGCGAAGGAUCGGGGACCAAUACCAAAACCAUUAAAGCACCAGGUUCGACAACGGAAAGAGUUGCCCAGGCCUGUGAUAGGUGCAGAGCCAAGAAGGUGAAAUGUGACGGACGUCAACCGUGCUCAAGCUGUGCUGCUACCGGAUUGAAGUGUAUUGUCAGUGACAAGCUUUCUAGAAGAGCAUUUCCAAAAGGUUAUACCGAAACUUUAGAAGAAAGAAUACGUCAGCUUGAAUCAGAAAACAAAAAGUUGGUGGGGUUGUUGGAUAUAAGGGAUGAACAACUUGAACUACUUAAUUCAAGCGUUGGUCACAUUGAUGAAGAACAAGCGAGAAACAAAAGGAGCCAACCAAUAACUUCUUCGAAUCUCUCACUUUUGAAUAACGAGAAUGGUAAUGAGGUAUUACAUUCGCAUCUUCAUGAUAAAGGGUGUCCUUGUGGAUGCACAACCAAUCCGCUGGCGGUUCACGAAAGGCCAGUUUCAAUAGCCGGUUCUAUAUUUGACUCUAAGGCCACCGACAAGGUAUCGAUUGCAGGCUCGAUUAAUUUGAGUGAUGAUGACGAUGAAGUGAGUCUUUUGAGUUUCAAUGAUGAUCUGUCGAUUCAUACCAAAGAUGAUAAUCAAAGAUACCCAAUUAAAGAAGUCACCCCAGCACCAGGAGCAUUUGCAGCAGCUACUGCCAUUGCUCAAAUGCAAAAAAAUAAAACCGCUAGUCAACAAGAAUUAGAUGAAACAAAUAAACAACAACAGUUAACCAGACUUGUUGCAGUAUCGAUUCCUCGUAGUACCGAGGAGACUUUAUUUAUUCCGACUCUUCUCGCAAGAAUUUGUCAAGUUCAUGGUUAUCAUUCCAAACCAGCUAUAUUAACUGCCAAUGCAAUUGCUUCUUUAAAAGAAAAUUCCAAUGAAUCCAUGAAACCAGAUGCAUCCUCUCAUGUUAUGAACGAAUUUCUCUUGAAAAUUAUCUUGAACCGAGUUGGAAUUACCAAACUCGAGGAUUCAGAAGCAUCGUACUUUAUACGAAGCAUUAAAUUGCCUACUUCGAGACUUGACUUGGACCAUUUGGUCACAAUCUAUUUCCAGGAUUGGGGCAAUGUUUUCCCUAUUCUAGAUAAGAAUUCUUUUUUGAAAAAUUACAUGAAGUUAGCCAAUAUACUUGAAUCUUCCGAUGCUCCUCUUCAUUCAGAGGGUGAUUCUUCCUAUGAGCUGGUUGAAAAAUUUGGUGCCAUCAUGGUUUUGGUAUUAAGUUUAAGUUUGUUAUCAAAUAAAUAUAGUGAAAUGUCAUCAAAAAAUCCAAAUUCAAAAAAUAAGGAUGGAAUCCUCCACCGUUAUAUCAAAUCUUUGAACCAUUACGAUUAUUUAAUCCAUGAAUUCAUUAAACCAAAUUGUAUUAUUACCAAACACUGUUCAAUUCAAUCACUUCAAAUAUUAUCUUUAGCCUUGCAAUAUUGUUUAGUUAUUGGUGAUAUAAUAACUUGUUAUGAAUUAAGAGGUAGAGUUAUAACUAUGGCUCAGCAAUUAAGAUUACACCGAUGCCCUGCUGCUGUUUUAGGUAUCGCUGGUAAUGAUGAUGGUAAUGUAAACUUAAGAAAUUUCAUGCAGGGUGAAAGACGUAUUUUAUUUUGGUGUAUUUACUGUCUUGACAUUUAUUCUUCCUUAAACCUAGGUGUUCCAAGAUUAUUCAAAGAUUUUGAAAUUGAAUGUGCCUUACCAUUCAGUGGUAAAAAUGAUGACGACGACGAUGAUAAUGAAAAUAUCUUGAUUAUAAAUAAUACCAAGCUUUCAAUCGUGGGGAAAGUUUCAAAAUUUGCAUUAAGUGUUAUGUUAUAUUGUAAAGUAUUAGGUCAUAUUCUUGAUUCAAUUUUUUCAAGAUUUGAUACAACUAAUGCCCAAGAAAAAUCUUUAGAAAAAGAUAGAAUGCUUGAUUGUUGGAGAAGAGAAUUACCAAGUGACCUUAAAUUUGAAGUUGAUGUUAAUGGCUUUUCAUUAAAAGACCAUAAAACUUUAGGUGAUUCUGAUGAUAGUAUGUGGAAAAACUAUAAUAAGCAACAACUAACUUUAAUCUUUUUAUAUUAUCAUGCCAAAAUUUUAAUUUAUUUACCCAUCAUCUCCAAAUAUGGUAACCACCAUAACGUUGGUCUUUCAACUAAAGAACAAUUGAGUAAAGGACAACAUGAUGUUUCCAACAUAGUAUCAAGUGUUAGUAUGAUUCAACAGUCAUCUAUUCAAAUCCUUGAAGUUUUGAAAAGUCUAACCAAAUAUUCAUCUUCUUAUUUAUUACCAGUUCCAAUCAAUAUUGCAAGAGAACAAGCUAGAUUCACCCUCCUUGUUGCUAAAGGUAGUCUUGACUAUAUAAAAGGUGGUCCAUUAUACCAAAACCUGAAGCAGUUAUUAUUAGAUACCAUAUCUAAUUUGAAUCUAGAAAGUGGUAAUGAUAUCCCCGGUGGGUUAACUAAAAAUUCAGUCAAGCUAUUGGAAUUGGCAACUUUAAGUAUUCUUGGAUUAAAUUUGAAUAAGAAUACUUCGAAUUUGAAGAAAAGAUUGAGUAUGUCAAUUCCAAAUGCCCAACCAAUCACCAAAACAGCGGUCGAUCGUGGUAAGCAACUGCAAUCCACCAAUGGUCAAUAUAAAGCACAAGGACCAAGACAUUCCUCAAUCAGUCAUUCCAAUUCCAUCACCAACAACUUAACUAGUGAAUUUGACAAUGAUGAAAUGUUCAAUACGGCAAUCCAAGUAGCCCCACAUAGACAAAGUUUCGAUGACAGAGCCAUGCACUCAAACAAUCUCAAUCCAAACGGUUACGACUCAACUUUCCCUCCAAAACAGACCUCCAUCAAUCAAGAAGACUUCAAUCUUGUUUUCAAUAACAACAAUAAUUUGAACCAAUUCACUAACAUGAGUUCAAGUAAUAGCAGUUCCGACAGCAAUAAUAAUGGAGACAACGGCGACACCCCACCCGACGGUUUGGACAACAUCCUUCAAUUUGACCCAUUCAAGGUCAAUUUGAACAGACAGCUCAUGAUGAAUGAAUUUGCAGCCGAUGGGUCCUUGGGGUUGGUUCCAUUCUUGGACAUGUCUCACGAUGAGAACAGCGAGUUCAACCACGACAUGACCCAGUCAAACGGAAGCCACUUCGAAUGGCCAUAA